AGAAAUUUAAAAAAUUUAUCUAGAUGGCUAUCUGGGACUGAAGGGCUAUUUCAGUUUUAAUCUGCAGUGAUGACCCUUAAGCUCUUAUAAAGCUGCACUUAUAUAAUGAAUUUUCAAAGGCUUAAAAAAAACUUUCAAUGACUGAUCUCUGUAGUAAUCACAGAAUUUCCGUUAAGUUUUCAGUCAAAUUUGAAAAUAUCUCUUUAAUUUGAAUGAGAUUUCAGCAGUGCAUUCUCUUCUCUCUUUUCUGAUUCUAGAAGCACCAAGCCAAUGACUGGGGGAGGAAAUAUUACAGAGGUCACUUAUUUCAUCCUUUUGGGAUUCUCUGAUUUCCCCAGAAUCCUAGUAGUGCUCUUUGUUGUAUUCCUGCUCAUCUACAUUAUGACUCUGACUUGGAACUUGUGCCUCAUCAUCUUAAUAAGGAUGGACUCUCACCUCCACACACCCAUGUACUUCUUCCUCAGUAAUCUGUCCUUCAUGGAUAUCUGCUAUGUGACCUCCACAGCCCCCAAGAUGCUCUCCAGCUUUUUCCAAGAGCAGCAAACUAUCACCUUUGUGGGUUGCGCCAUUCAAUACUUUGUUUUUUCAAUCAUGGGACUGAGUGAGUCUUGUCUCAUGACAGCCAUGGCUUAUGACCGAUAUGCCGCCAUUUGUAAUCCUCUUCUCUAUUCAUCAGUCAUGUCACCCACCCUCUGUAUUCGGAUGGUGCUGGGGUCCUAUCUGGCUGGACUCUCUGGUUCUGUAUCCCAAUUGUGUGCCAUACUUCAGCUUCACUUCUGUGGGCCUAAUGUCAUCAACCACUUCUUCUGUGACAUGCCCCAGUUGUUAGUCCUGUCCUGCACUGACACUUUCUUUGUGCAACUCUUGACUGCUAUAUUAACAGUGAUCUUUGGGAUAACAAAUGCCUUCAUCAUCAUGAUAUCCUAUGGCUAUAUUGUCAUCUCCGUCAUGAAGAUCACUUCAGCUAAAGGCAGGUCCAAGGCUUUCAACACCUGUGCUUCUCAUCUAACAGCAGUUUCCCUCUUUUAUAUCUCGAGUGUCUUUGUCUAUUUGAGUUCCAGCUCUGGCGGUUCCUCCAGUUUUGACAGAUUUGCAUCAGUAUUCUACACUGUGGUUAUCCCCAUGUUGAAUCCCUUGAUUUACAGUCUGAGGAACAAGGAAAUCAAAGAUGCCUUGAGGAGUUUACAGAAGAAGAGAUGGUACUGCUGAGGUUCUGUCCAGAUUUGUCCUAUCAGAAAGCUUUACUCCUAAGAAUAUGCAAACAAAUGGACUAUAAUAUCGCCUUUGUAUAAAGAAAGCUUAGUUUGACACAGAUUAAUAUGCCAAAUGGACUGAUGGUGACUUGACUCCACACAAACACAAUGUCUUUAAGUCCUGAAGAGGUUCAUACUUUCACUGUACAUGGGGAAUGUCAUCAUCAUUUAUAAAUAAUCUGCAAGUAUUUGUAAAACGUUAAGGUUUAGAAACUCGUUAGUUCCUUUUGCUUUGGAGAUUGAGCCCUGCUCAGUGUCAGACCUCUGAUUGUAGAGGACUGAUAUCUGACAGAG